AUGCGCGCUGUAUUUACGCGAAAGCUAAUCUCACUACUCAUACUAAGUUGCACGUUGACACAACUUUAUGGGCAUCGUUUUCGUGUCACUCGGGCACGUUCCGGUAACGCUGGCGGCGGUCUUCUAGAUGAAUAUCCAGUCUAUAUUCAUACGUUCGAUACGGAACAACUAUGUCGAGCACAAUGUCAGGUCGAAUGUUCAAUGCAUCAUAUCGACGACUUGAUGAUGCAGCGAUGGUUAUGCCCGCUGAAGGUUUGUCUUGUCACUCGAAACUACCUCUCAUCGUUUAUUGUUGAAUUGCUGCUAUCGUUUAAACUGGGUUAUUGCUACAGUUUUGUGAACAUUACCUUUGAAUUUGUCAGUGAGACUUCCACGUUNUUAAUGAUCAUGAAAUUGCAUAUUGAAAUAUGCAAUCUCUUGAAAUGCUUUCGAAGAAAUGACAAACUCUUAAUACACUUUAACACUGUAUAG